CGAAAAAUUAGAAGUAAUUAAUUAUCAUGGCGGCUUUGCAGCGGUGUGGUGCACUGAUGGCCUUUUUUAUGACAGCUACAAGAUUCUUAUGUUUUUUUUGUUUAAUAUCCUUAUUAAUGCUUUCCGAAUGCAUGGCUCUGUAUGAAGAUCAAGUGGGUUUGUUUGACUGGAGACAACAAUAUGUUGGUAAUUCAAAAGAAGUUUAUUUUGAGCAAACUCCGCAUAGCAGUACCACAAGUAAACGUGUGUUUCUCUCAACAGAAUCGAACGUUUUGGCAGCAUUAAAUGCAAGAACUGGUCAAAUAGUAUGGCGACAAGUUUUUGAAAGAAAAGAUAACAUAAUAAACACUCUACUUCAUAACUCAAAUUUAUUAAUUACACUAUCUGGGAAUGGGAGAGUAGUUCGCUCAUGGGAUCCAAACAAAGGACAUCUUCUUUGGGAAAGCACUUCCUCAAACUAUGUAGAUUACCAAGAUAAAAAAUAUGGAAACUUGGAAAAUAUGUUGAAAAAUCAUCAAGCAGUUUUAUUAGAUGACGAUGGUGGGUUGUUAGUUUCAACAAAUAAAGGUGCCAAGUUGAUUUCUCAAUCUGAUGGCUCUGAAAUUUGGGACUAUCAAGUUAAGGACAAUGGUGUCCAUUUGUUUGGAGUAACAAAAGUUAACAAUCGAGCCAUUGCAUUUGGUGUCAAAGAAAAAAGUGAUUUGAUUUUUGUAAACUUCAUCCAUUUAGACAUUGAAAGUGGGAAGGUUUUAAAUGAUGUUGUUAUUGCGGCCCCAUGGAUUUUACAGAAUGAUAUAACGUGCACACUUUUGUCAUCUAAAUUUUUUAUGUGCUUGAACCCAGCAAUAUCUUCAGUAAUAGUAAAAAACUUUGCUGAUGAAAGCAAAACAGUAUUUGUCAGUAUGCCCUUGGCAUUAUUAAAUGUUGAUAGAACCGAAAUAUUUGACAAAUCCUUUAUAUCAUCAAUGUCUCGUUCUUGUGAAUACAAUGAGUUCUACAUUCAUAUUAAUGAUAACAAUAACAUUCUGGCACAUAUUAAUCCAGAUGAUAGCCAAAUAAGUUUAAUAAAUUACCUCCGUAAACCAGGAUUCUUUUCCUUGACUUAUUUAUCUAAUAAAAAAUACAUAAUUGAAAUAUCAAGAGCAACCGAUUUAAAUUCAAAGCAAGAAAAUCUUCAGAUUUUGUUUUUUGAUUCUGAAAAUUUGAAGUCUCCAAUAAAAAGCCUUGAAACAAAUAUGCCUUACGACAAACAGCUUUAUCAGGGUUCGCCAUCUGCUUGCUCCGUAUUUAUGUACUCAAAGAAAAAUGACAUUAGUUACAGAAUUUUGUUAAUUACUGAAGAUCACUCAAUAUCACUGAUUCAAAACAUCGAUGGCAAAGAUGGCAAAACCCUAUGGACGAGAAAUGAAGCAUUAUCUCGGGUCUCCUCAGUGAAAAUGGUUGAAUUACCACCAUCUACAUCAGCAUCAAAAUUAGAAUUGUUACACGCUGAGUUCGCUGUUGUUCCAAAUAGUAGCUUACUAACAAUGUUUAUUAAUCGUGUAAAAUCUCAAAUCCGGCAAUUGCAAGCGUUUACAGAUAGUUUACGCAAAAGGCAACGUAACCUUGAUCCAAAUUCAGACUAUGCUGAUGAUGAAAGUACAACAGUCUUAAAGCGUGACCAAUUCAACAUUAUCAAAAUGAUGCUUCUUAUGACUGAAGGAAGGAAGAUGUUCGCUUUAAACUCUCAAAAUGGAAAUGUUGUUUGGAGCAGUUUUAUGGGUGGCAUCAAGAAAGAUGCGAAAUCAGAAGUGACUGUUUUUGAGCAAAGAACAACUGCUCACUUUCCUUUACCCCCACAGUGUGUAUUGGUAGCACCAUACAAUGAACACUUAGUUAAAAAGCAGAAUCUACAACCAAACGAAUACACUGCAUUAUAUUCGUUUAACCCAUUAACCGGAGAAGGACUGGCUAAACCAGAUGUCAUACAACAAUACAGGGUUCUACAAAUAGCUGAACUUCCAUUUUUAGAUGAAAAAUUCCUAAAAGUAAUUGGUAUUGUCGACACAAACUAUCAUUUUCAUAUCUACCCUGAGACGCCAGACACCCUGGCAAAACUUAAACUACAUCUCAAUUCUAUAUACAUCUACAUAUUCAAUCAAAGAACGCACUCGUUCAAAGGUUUUAAAGUCAAUUUUGUUUCGUCGAGAUUCGAACUGUAUGAAGUAUGGUCAGUCAAUGUUCCAUCUGAUCAAGUCUUGUUAACAAUGAAGACGAAACGAAGCGAUGAAGUUAUCAACUCAGUUGGUCGGGUGUUAGGUGAUCACACUGUGUUGUACAAAUACCUUAAUCCUAAUCUGGUGGCGUUUAUGACAAUGCAGGGUGAUGGUGUAAAGAGAAGCAUAUUUGUGUAUAUCGUGGAUGCUGUUACAGGUCAUGUUUUGUACCAUGCACGACACAAGGGAGUUGACACGCCAGUUGAUUUAAUACUGUCCGAACAUUGGUUGGUCUAUCUCUACUACAACACAAAAGGACGAAGAAUCGAGAUUUCCGUGGCAGAGUUUUACGAAGGCUAUGAAGAGAAAAAUCACACUGCGUUCUCAUCUCUUGAUCCAGUCGACACUCCGAUGGUGCUAUCACAAGGUUACUUACUACCGGUCAGCGGUGUUCGUGCGGUCACAUCAACGGCAACCGAACGUGGGAUAACGAAUAAAAACAUACUACUGGGCUUGGACAACGGCUUUGUGUAUUCCAUACCAAAGAAUUUCUUGGAUCCACGGAGGAGUUUUAAACCGACGCAGAUGCUGCAAGAGGAAGGUGUGCCACCUUACAUGCCGGAGUUACCGGUGAUGCCGCAAGGUUAUAUUAAUUACAACCAAACAGUUGCAAACAUACGUGGCAUCCACACGUCUCCCGCUGGUUUAGAGUCCACAUCACUUGUGCUAGUGUAUGGCUUGGAUUUGUUUUAUACCCGAGUUACACCAUCGAAAAUGUUCGACGUUUUAAAAGAAGACUUCGAUUACAUAUUUAUAUCUGGUGUGUUGUCAGCCUUAAUACUGGCAUCUAUUAUUUGCAACAAGUUAGCUUCAAUGAAAGCUUUGAAGAUGGCGUGGGGUUAAAAUGUUGCUAUGGAUACGAGAAUACAUAGUCAUAGUGUGGAGGAGAGAUUUUUCGUGAUGGACAGUUAACCCCCCAAUAAACUGUUUUUCCUGAAAAGAUAUUUGAAAAAAUGGAUGCUGUGAGAAUUUUAUUAAAGUUGUAAAAAAUAUAAAAAGCGAACAGGAUUUUUUUUUAUGUUACUAUGUGUGUAUCUCUACAAUUUUUUUAUUAUUAAUACUACCUGUUGUACCUAGAGUGGGUUAAAUUUCGCGUGCACUAAUUUUUGCGAACGUAAUAUCGCGCUUAGCGUGAAUUUGAUUUCACAAACAAUACAACAACAACUUGGACGGCAAUUGAUAGACCGAGGGUUAAGCAAAGCUGGCUUUGCUACAGCAUUCCCGCUCAACUUCGUCACAUAGAAUACGAAUCAUACAGAGAAGUUUUCACUCAAAUGCCUUGAUAACAGCAGCUGACGGGAGGGUCCGUCCCACUAUGACACGCCUAACAAUCCCUGGAGACGAGGAUGUGAGAAAAAGUUUCCUCAGGCCGCAUACUCAUGCACAUAUAAUUUUACGUAAUCUCCCUUUACGUGACGUUUUGUUCACAUGUUACGUAAGUUUUGGUCCACAUAUACUAACUCACGUAAAUUUUGUUUCGGUCCAUUCAACAUGGCAGCGAUCAACAAAUUUCAUGUUUUAUCAACUGAUUUUGUUUUAAGACGGGGACGUCGCCGUCGUCAAAAACAGAAUGACUUACCAUCUUUUAAAUCGAGUUUAUUCGCAACUAAUGCACCUGUUUUGCAUAGCUAAGAAAGGGUUACUACAUUAAAUUUUAGGAGCUAAUCUUUACGGGAAGUGAUUUUCGUAAUAGAACAUAAUUUUCGGUUUGUUUUAUUCGCGAUUUACGAUCUGAUGGAAACCACAAAUUUGAAGGUUUUUAACACGUAUUAUGCCUAACAAUGGUGUGGUUUUCCAGUAUGAAUUUAGUAUAUAGGAUAUAUUUAUUUAAAUUUUCGCGAACUGUGUCGAAUAUCGCGAUAACAUAUUUUCGCCAAUUGUUGCCCUGGAAUAUUUUGCGGGCAUCAAAUUUCGCCAAAUAGAUGAAAAAGUUAAAUUCGCGUAAAAGUCUUCCGCAAAAAUGAUUCACCUUAAGGUUAGGUAUAAACUUUCUCUAAACAAUUUUUUUUCCAACAGAAAAGUUAUAGCAUUAAUUAAGAUUGGCAUUUUAAAUUUAACAUCUGACACAAGCCAGCAACAGUAUGAGUCAUAAUAUUCGUGACAGUUUAACACAAAUACUCUCGUACAAUAAUGCAUAUUUUUUUGCAUAAUAAAUUUUACUUCAACACUGACGUCACAUUAUUUUCGAUGCUGUUGCAACAUUUUACACCAUGUAUCACUUUCAAAAACACAUGAUGAAAACUGGUAACAGCUAAAUAAUAUUAAAAAACUCGUGACAUCAACAUUUUGAAUGAAAACUAGAAAUUAUUAAUCACCAUAGCUUUAAUGCUUGUCACCAUUUUGCGCCUGCCUCGUAUUAAUACCAGUUAAAAUUUCGUGGAGGGUUAAAUUGAUUUGCGUUAAUUUACAUUUUGCAAUUCAUAAACUUAAAAGAAUAUUUUAAAAUAAUCAUGACGCAACUAAAGUUAACCUCAACCGUAUGAGUCAGUGAAUAUAUGUAUGUAAUCUGUGGUUUAGUUACAUGUUACUAUAGUUAAAGAUGUAUAAAUACGGAGUAGGGUAAAAUUUUUUUCAGUUUUUGUUGAGUGAAGAAAGAAUAAGAAUUUUUACCUUGAUUUGUAUCGUCAUAAUAUUUAUCGCUAUGUUUGGAAAGACGUUUAUGUUUGGGUUUUUGGUUUUGGUUUGUUUGUUAUUAAUCGGUAAAACAGAAAGUGAGCAAAUUGACCGAAAAUGCGUCCAGUUUGUCCGUGGAUGUAAAUCAUGGGGUGAUGGUUUUGACAGAUACAAUUGCUGCACUCAAUGCGAGAAAAAUGAUGUUGAAUGCUUUGAAAAAUGUCCAAUUUGUGAAAAAUGAUGCGACUACAUUCAUUUUUGUUUGUUUGUUUGUUUCUUUGAUUAUUGUAUUUAGCAAGGCGUUUUUACUUUAUUCUGUUUAUGGAUAACCCUGGUAAUAAAAAUUCUAAACUUACCAACUUA